AUUUAUUCAUGAGUGAUCACGAAGAGAACGAGGACAAAGAGCAACAAGAAGAGACUACAUCAAAUCCACCUAAGUUUGAAGACUAUUCUGAUGUAUGAAAAGAGUGAUUAUUUAGAUGGAUAAAACUCAAAUUCCUAUCUUCGAAAAGAAUGCAGGAACAGAAUGCUUUAAAAAAGGGGAUUAUUUUGAAGCCACACGUCAUUAUGCUAAAGUACAAUAUCAACUUAAACGAAGGCUGUAAUGGCGUAUUAAUUUUUGAUUAAGGAUGGAGUGGUGAAUGAUCCAGAAGAAAUGCAAAAAUUGACUUAAGAGAUAUAUGUAAGUAAAUUAUUGAGAUAUUUCGUAGCUACCUUGCAAUCUCAAUCUAUCCCUUUGUUACCUUAAGUAAAAAGAAUAUCAAAUGGGAAAGGAUUUUGCUAAUAAGGCAUUAGAAGUUGAAGGCAACAAUAUUAAGGGUUUGUAUAGAAGAGGAGUUUGUUUAAUGAACUUAUAGGAGGUAUGCAAUAAUGCAAGUACUUAGUUUAAAGCAGCUGGAGAGGACUUUAAAAGGAUAUUGGAAGUUGAUCCAAAUAAUGAUGAUGCAAAAUAGGCUUGGGAACAAUUAUUAAAAAAGAAAGAGUAGAUUAAAUAGAAGCAGAAGGCAAUAAGUGAGAAAAUGUUAAACAGUUUGAACUAUGAGGAUAAAAUUGAGAGUCAGAAAAAAAAGAAUGAAAAAAAAAACUGGUUUAGAGAAAAGUAUGAUUGGCUAAAAUAGAUAUUGUGUGUUAGAAAGAAGGCAAAAAACAAAUGAUGCCAC